UGAGGCCGGGCGGCAGCACCUUCGCCAUGCCGGGGAUGGUGCUCUUCGGCCGGCGCUGGGCCAUCGCCAGCGACGACUUGGUCUUCCCGGGGUUCUUCGAGCUGUUCCUGCGGGUGCUGUGGUGGAUUGGCAUUCUCACGUUGUAUCUCAUGCAUAGAGAGAAGCUGGACUGUGCUGGUGGAGUCCUGCUCAGCAGCUACUUGAUUGUUCUCAUUGUUCUCCUGGCAGUUGUUAUAUGCACUGUAUCAGCUAUUGUGUGUGUCAGCAUGAAAGGAACCAUUUGUAACCCUGGACCACGGAAGUCUAUGCCUAAGCUGCUCUAUAUCCGUCUAGCCCUCUUUUUGCCCGAGAUGGUCUGGGCUUCUCUGGGGGCUGCCUGGGUUGCAGAUGGUGUUCAGUGUGACAAGGCAGUUGUGAAUGGCAUCAUCGCAACCGUUGUUGUCAGUUGGAUCAUCAUCGCCGCCACUGUGGUUACCAUUAUCAUUGUCUUUGACCCACUGGGGGGGAAAAUGGCUCCAUAUUCCUCUGCUGGUCCCAGUCACCUGGAUAGUCAUGAUUCAAGCCAGUUAUUUAAUGGCCUCAAGACAGCAGCUACAAGCGUGUGGGAAACCAGAAUCAAGCUCUUGUGCUGUUGCAUUGGGAAAGACGACCAUACUCGAGUUGCUUUUUCGAGUACGGCAGAGCUUUUCUCAACCUACUUUUCAGACACAGAUCUGGUACCCAGUGACAUUGCAGCAGGCCUUGCCCUUCUCCAUCAGCAACAGGACAAUAUCAGGAAUAACCAGGAGCCUAACGAAGUGAUCAGCCACUCCCCAGGGCCCUCCCAGGAAGCUGAUUUGGAUACAGAAUUAGAAAAUUGCCAUCAUUACAUGCAAUUUGCAGCAGCUGCCUACGGGUGGCCCCUCUACGUUUACAGAAACCCAUUUACAGGGCUGUGCAAGAUUGGUGGUGACUGCUGCAGAAGCAGAACAACAGAAUAUGACUUGGUUGGAGGUGAUCAACUCAACUGUCAUUUUGGCUCUAUUCUGCAAACAACAGGACUACAGUACAGGGAUUUCAUUCACAUAAGCUUUCAUGACAAGGUAUAUGAGCUGCCAUUUUUAGUGGCUCUGGAUCAUAGGAAAGAGUCUGUGGUGGUUGCUGUGAGAGGGACCAUGUCUCUGCAGGACAUUCUUACUGAUCUGUCAGCAGAGAGCGAGAUAUUGGAUGUGGAGUGUGAAGUGCAAGACCGUAUGGCACACAAGGGGAUUUCUCAAGCUGCCAGAUACGUUUACCGACGACUCAUCAAUGAUGGGAUUUUGAGCCAAGCCUUCAGUAUUGCUCCUGAAUAUCAACUAGUCAUCGUGGGCCACAGCCUGGGGGCUGGAGCUGCUGCCCUGUUAGCCAUCAUGCUAAGAACCUCCUACCCACAAGUCAGGUGCUAUGCUUUCUCCCCACCCCGGGGGCUGUUAAGCAAAUCUCUUUAUGAAUACUCCAAGAACUUUAUUGUGUCACUUGUCCUGGGAAAGGAUGUGAUCCCCAGGUUAAGUGUGACCAACUUGGAAGACCUGAAGAGAAGGAUUUUGCGAGUGAUUGCUCACUGCAAUAAGCCUAAGUACAAGAUCCUGCUGCAGGGGUGCCGGUAUGAAGUGUUCGGAGGAAGCCCUGACAACUUUCCCACCGAGCUGGAAGGGGGCGGCCAGACAGACCUGACCCAGCCUCUUCUCGGGGAGCAGAGUCUGCUGACGCACUGGUCUCCCGCCUACAGCUUCUCCAGCGACUCCCCCCUAGACUCUCCCCCCAGGUACCCCCCUCUGUACCCUCCUGGCAGGAUCAUCCACCUGGAGGAACAGGGCACCUCAGGGAGGUUUGGCUGCUGCUCUGCUGCUCAGUACAGUGCAAAGUGGUCACAUGAAGCAGAAUUCAGCAAAAUACUCAUAGGCCCAAAGAUGUUAACAGACCACAUGCCGGACAUCCUGAUGAGAGCCUUGGACAGCGUGGUCUCCGACAGAGCGGCUUGUGUCUCCUGUCCAGCACAAGGGGUCUCUAACGUCGACACGGGGUAACCUGGGCCCCUGGAAACUGCCCCAGAAACGACGGACUCACACUUUUGCGCUUAAACUGACUGACUGUCCAAAUGAUUCCCGUGUCACCCAGACAGUGGCUGUCUAGCAACAGGAGUUGGGUGGUUACUAAAUGUGACGGUCUUGUAGAUGACUGAACAAGUCACAGGAAAUGGGCCACAGCGUUAGCAGAAUCAGGAGGGCGCGCUGAGGUGAUCGGACUCCCAAGACUGAAGUGAAUGUGAAGAAAGUCUGGUGUCCUGUGGCCCCUCGGCCGUUUGAGAUCUGCUCAGGGAGGGCUGGAAGAACCUCAACACAUCUGUGGGCUUCCCGCCCUCUGGCAGCUCUUUUCGCUGUAACUAACUGGCUUACAGGUGUGCAGUUGAUUUUUUCAAACUGGGUUUCCCAGCUCUACAGCCGGGACCGUUGGGAGGGCGUUUUCUCCUGGGUGGCACCAAAGUCAGCCCUGGGCUGAUCAGGAAUGAGGACACAGCCACCCCGGAAGUGAGUGGCGGCCACGGCUCCUGCCUUCCUCAGCUCCCACACUUCAGCUCCUGGUUUACACUGUCUGGUUGUUCUGCUCACGUCAAGAGUCGACUGUUUCGUUCUCGUGUACUAUUCUGGCUCUGAGGUCAGCCUGUGGAGUCAGGAGUUAAAAAAAUAAAGCACAUGUCAUUACAGUCAG